AUGUCCUUUUUCAACCCAUACUAUAACUUUUUUGAUUCCAUCAAUAAUGAAGUCGAAGAUUUCAACAACUAUUUGAACCCUGUUUUUGAUUCUACCAACAAUAAAAGAUUAAAGGCCAAUCCUCAUCAAGAUAAAUAUUCCAAUCAAGUAGCCUUUAGAGAUAACCACGCUCAUCAUGGACAAGUUACCACUAGGCCAACAACUCAACUUGAUAAUUGGUUUGAUAAUGACUUCUCCUUGAUUCCUUUUGAUGCAGAAGUUGGAGGCCAUAUGGCUGUUCCAGUAGACAUUUUGGACCAUGAUAAUGAUUAUGUCUUAAAAAUCACGGUUCCAGGUGUUAGGGCAAAAAAAGAUAUUAAUGUAGAAUAUGAUCACAAUAAGAGUCAAAUUACCAUUAGUGGUGAAAUUCCAAGCGCCGUUACAGAAGACAAUAAGCAUAAUGUUAAAGUUAAGGAACGUUCUUCGGGUAAAUUUAAGAGGGUUGUCACUUUACCUGAGUACCCCGGUAUCGACACGGAAAAUAUUAAAGCCGAUUAUUCUAGUGGUGUCUUGACCUUACAUGUUCAAAAACUGAAACCAAAGAAAGGUGAAAAGGGCAAUGUGAAGAAGAUAGAAAUUACAUCUAAUGAAUCCUGGUCAGAAUGA